ACAAAGGGCGAGAGGAAAUCCUAAGGAAAUGUGUGGGAUCACGCUCGGUGUUUCCAAGUAGCCUGAGCGUUAUUGACAAGCUGUUUUCAUUGUGUAACGGUAGCUUGUGGUGCGCACCGUUCCCCUGACACAAUAACGGGUGUAGUGACCGACAAGUAAGAGGGGGGGAAGAGGCGAAGCGAUAGGUCACAAUGUCGAUUCAGUACGAGGUGGAACAGCUGGCUGACAGCUACGGGGUUGCGGACUCGUUCCCCAAAGAUUUCGGUUAUGGUGAAGAAGAGGAGGCCGACAUCGAGGACAGCCCGUCGCCGUCCGACAGCAAGCCGAGGAUCCUGCUCAUGGGUCUAAGAAGAAGUGGAAAAUCAUCCAUACAGAAGGUGGUGUUCCACAAAAUGUCUCCCAAUGAGACCUUGUUCCUGGAGAGCACCAACAAGAUCUACAAAGACGACAUCUCCAGCAGCUCCUUCGUCAACUUCCAGAUUUGGGACUUCCCGGGUCAGGUGGACUUCCUCGACCCCACCUUCGACUACGAGAUGAUCUUCAGAGGAACGGGGGCUUUGAUAUUUGUCAUCGAUGCUCAGGAUGACUACGUGGAGGCCCUGAGCAGGCUCCACCUCACAGUGUCCCGCGCCUACAGAGUCAAUCCAGAGAUAAACUUCGAGGUGUUUAUCCAUAAAGUAGACGGCCUCUCAGACGAUCACAAGAUCGAGACGCAGAGAGACAUCCAUCAGAGAGCCAACGACGACCUGGCCGACGCUAGUUUAGAGAAGCUGCAUCUCAGCUUUUACUUGACGAGUAUUUACGACCACUCCAUCUUUGAGGCCUUCAGCAAAGUGGUGCAGAAGCUCAUCCCUCAGCUCCCCACUCUGGAGAACCUGCUCAACAUCUUCAUUUCUAACUCAGGGAUAGAGAAGGCCUUCCUGUUCGAUGUGGUCAGUAAGAUCUACAUCGCCACAGACAGCUCUCCGGUGGACAUGCAGUCCUACGAGCUGUGCUGCGACAUGAUCGACGUGGUCAUCGACGUCUCCUGCAUCUACGGUCUGAAGGAGGACGGCAGCGGCAGCGCCUACGACAAAGAGUCCAUGGCCAUCAUCAAGCUGAACAACACCACGGUGCUCUACCUGAAGGAGGUCACCAAGUUCCUGGCCCUGGUGUGCAUCCUGCGGGAGGAGAGCUUCGAGCGCAAAGGAUUAAUAGACUACAACUUCCACUGUUUCCGGAAGGCCAUCCAUGAAGUGUUUGAGGUGGGGGUGACCACGCAGCGCGCGACAGGCUCCCAGGCGGUGGGCUCGCCCUGCAGCAAGGCCGUCGCUCUGAACGGGACGCCGCGCAACACUGUCUAGACACUGAUCUCAAAUAAAAAACAAAAAGAUGCAAAAAAAGAGGAAAGGAAACAAGCAGAGAGCCUGUGGAGGAGAGAGUACUGAACUGGGGCUCACAGGCCACCAACCACAACCCCUUUCUCCUCCCAGCACCCAACGUACUGUGAGACAGCCAAGAGUGUGAGACAGCGCAGCGACCCGUCAAGCUGGAAGGGAAAUGCAAGCACUCGUUUCUGGGGAAUUAGAGGCACUGUUAGGAAGUGAAAGAGAGAGAAACUGGACAGGGAAAAAAGUCCAGGACCUUUCUUUGGAUUUCACGGUCAAAGGCUGUGAUAAUUAGCUGCUUGUCCCUCUCCACGGACAAUGUGAGGAGGGAAAACAAACCCUUGUUGUGACCUCUUGCUUAUGGACAAAACUUUGAUGUCAGUUUGUAGGAAUCUGUGUGGAGAUGAACCCACCCCGGCCACUUCUGUGCUGAUAGAAAAAAAGAUGGUGGAUGUGAACUGCUGGUCCUAACACUCGUACAUGUUCAGAGAUGGCCUUAUGGAGAUGAAGCUUGUCUGCAGUGCAAGCUUUCUCUCACCACCACUCACCUCACCCUACCUGAAUGCUGCCGAAACUCGCUUUUUGGUUUCAAUUGUGAAGGGAAAACAAGGUUUUUUGAGCAGACUGAAAAGGGAUUGCGUUGUCCAUUUAACUGGGUCUCGUGUGUGUAUGCAGGUGUGUGUGUGUGUGUGUGGAUGAAGGUACAUGUGGAAGUGUGUAUGUGUCUGUAUGCAGGUACAUGUGGAAGUGUGUGUGUGUAUGCAGGUACAUGUGUGUGUGUAUGCAGGUACAUGUGGGUGUGUGUGUGUGUGUAUGCAGGUACAUAUGUCAAUGUUUUGAUUGGGACCUUUUUACAGAAAGAGUUUAUGACCUUCUCAUAACAGCUGCUUAGCAUAUUAAACUCUCUUCUUCCGUGAAAGUAACUUUUCUGUGUGCGCUCCACUGAAAAAUCGAUUGACUUUAUGAUAGAUUGUAGAAAAUAUUUUGGUUGGAAAUUUGAAAAUAUUCUGAAAAAGCACUGCCAAAAUAUUGAAAUUACUCGGUUUUAACCUUGUUGCCAUUUAUUUAGAAAAAAUAUGUUAUAAAUACGGUAAGACAUUUUCGGAGGAUAAUAUGAACUGGUUGAAACUUGCAUGUUUUUCCUCCUACAGUUUCAGUCCUGCCCAAAAUUAUUAAUUCUGUUUUGUAUUUAGUUGGCUCUGUUCAGCAGGAUUCACAAAAACAAAAUGUACCCAUUCCAAGCAUGCAGAAAACCAUGUGAGAAACUGCAACUAACCAAGACGAGUAAACCGAUAAACAAGAAAAAGACCACAUGUCAUUUCUAUAGCCACAACGUUUAGGUGCCUGUUUGUUUAUAUCAGGACUGAUGUAUGGAAACCCUGACUGUCAUGUUAUCUUGAUAUGUUUGCGCAGUAAAACAUGUGCAAAAUAUUCAUGUUGCAGAUUUAACUCGGCAGACAUUAUUCCGGUAACUCUGUGAAACUGCUUCUUGAAACAGACCCUGAGACCCUCUUAACCUAGUCAUUAUUAGUCACCUGAAAUGAACACUUGCACAUCAGAACUGUGAUGGAUGAGUGAUUUUAUGUAUUGUGAUGAUGCUAUACUAUGUGAAAUAAAUGAACAUUUUAAUUUUGA